CGAUUUCACGCCCCGCGCAUCCUGCGAGUUCUUGUUCCCUCGGAGGCGCGUUUCCGACGAAAGGGUGUGCGCGCUCCCGCAGCAACAGGGAAGAUGGCGGCGCUCACGUCUCUCACUCAGCUUUCAAGUGGGAACCCUGUGUAUGAAAACUAUUACAGGCAGGUAGACCCAGGAAACACAGGAAGAGUGGGUCCUACUGAAGCUGCUCUGUUCCUGAAGAAAUCAGGCCUCCCUGACAUUACUCUGGGGAAGAUCUGGGAUUUGGCUGAUCCAGAUGGAAAGGGUUUCUUAGACAAACAGGGCUUUUAUUUCGCUUUGAGACUGGUCGCCUGUGCACAAAAUGGACAUGAUGUGACCCUUAGCAGUUUAAACCUCACUGUCCCACCCCCCAAAUUUAAGGACACUAGCAGUCCCUUACUCUCCACGUCAGCACCCACAGGGGACUCUCAUUGGGCUGUGAGGCCGGAGGAGAAAGGGAAGUUUGAUGGGAUUUUUGAAAGUCUUGCUCCAGUGAAUGGACUUUUAUCUGGUGAGAAGGUGAAACCAGUGCUAAUAAACUCAAAACUACCUCUUGACGUUUUAGGAAGGGUUUGGGAUCUUAGUGACAUUGACAAAGAUGGACACUUGGACAGAGAUGAGUUUGCUGUGGCAAUGCACCUGGUGUACCGAGCUCUGGAAAAGGAACCUGUCCCAUCCGUUCUGCCUACUUCCCUUAUACCGCCCUCCAAGAGGAAGAAGCCUGCCAGUGCCCUUCCGGGCUCUGUCCCCGUUCUUCCUGGGGCCGUCCCAGUGCUUCCCGCCAGCCCGCCGCCGCCCAAGGACAGCCUGCGCUCCACUCCCUCCCACGGCAGCAUGAACUCGCUCAACAGCGCCGGCAGCCUGUCGCCCAAACACACUCUCAAGUCGGCCCAGCCCUCGGCAAACUGGAUCGUGCCGGUUGCUGACAGAAGCAGGUACGACGAGAUCUUCCUGAAGACGGACGCCGACCUGGAUGGAUUUGUCAACGGCCACGAAGUAAAAGAGAUCUUCAUGCAGUCGGGACUUCCUCAGAACAUCCUAGCGCACAUAUGGGCCCUGGCGGACACAAGGCAGAUGGGGAAGCUGACGAGAGAGCAGUUUUCCCUGGCCAUGCACUUCAUCCAGCAGAAAGUCAGCAAGGGGAUCGAGCCCCCGCAGGUCCUGACCCCAGACAUGAUCCCUCCCUCCGAGAGGGGGACCCCCGUGUCCAGUCUUUCAGGGUAUAUAACUCCUGUUGGAUCUGAAAUGACUGCACUAACUGACAUGCGCCGUGCAAUAAUGUUCGAGUUCUGGGACAGCACGAGCUCUGUCGGCUCUGGGGAAUUCACUGGAAUUAAAGAACUGGACGAUAUCAGUCAAGAAAUCGCACAGCUGCAGAGCGCACUUGCUUUUACACACUGGAAUACUCUCAGGGAGAAGUAUGUGCUGGAACAAGACAUCAGGGACAAAGAGGACGCUAUCAGACAGAAAACGAAUGAGGUCCAGGAAAUGCAGAACGAUCUGGACCGGGAGACCUGCAGUUUGCAGAAACUUGAAUCUCAGAAGCAGGAUGCCCAGGACCGGCUGGAGGAAAUGGACCAACAGAAAGCCAAGCUGGAGGACAUGCUGAACGACGUCAGGCAAAAGUGCCAGGAAGAGACCCAGAUGAUUUCCUCGUUGCAAACGCAGAUCCACUCCCAGGAAUCCGACUUGAAGAGCCAGGAGGAGGAGCUGAGCCGGGCCAAGACAGACCUGAACCGGCUGCAGCAAGAGGAGACGCAGCUGGAGCAGAGUAUCCAGGCUGGGAAGGUCCAGCUGGAGACCAUCAUCAAAUCACUCAAGUCCACACAAGAGGAGAUCAACCAGGCCCGGAGUAAGCUGUCCCAGAUCCAGGACAGCCAGCAGGAGAUGGCGAAGAGUAUCGAGCAGUACAACAACGCCCUUAACGGGACCCACGGCGGGAGCAUGACGAACCUGGCGGACAUGAGCGAGGGUUUCCCGGAGAAGGAGAACGGAGGCUUCGGGGCCAUGGAGGAUCCUUUUAAAGCGAAGACGUCGGCGUUCAACAGCAAUGCCCAGGAGCUGCAGGCUGACCCCUUCCAAUCGGAGGACCCUUUCAAAACAGACCCUUUUAAAGGUGCAGAUCCUUUUAAAGGCAAUCCUUUUGGGGGAGACCCUUUCAAAGAGAGCGACCCCUUCAAGAGUACGUCAUCUGAUGAUUUCUUCAAGAAAACCGCCAAGUCGGACCCUUUCACGACCUCCGACCCUUUCAGUAAAAGUGCUACACUUCCUUCAAAGCCCGGCCUUUUUGCCAGCGGUGACCCUUUUGCUUCUACAAGCCCAAAGCCAAAAGGAUCAGAUCUCUUUGGAACACUAGACCCUUUUGGAAGCAGCUCUUUUGGAAGCAGUGGUGGGUUUGCAGACUUCAGCCAAAUGUCCAAGGGGUUCUCCGAUGAUCCCUUCAGAGGAAAGCAGGAUACCCCAGCACUGCCACCCAAGAAGAAUGUACCCCCGAGACCUAAGCCACCCAGCGGUCAAAGUACCCCGGUAAACCUGCCAGGGUCUGGAGACUCGUCCAAGUCAAGUGAUCCUUUCCAGCCCUUUGGCGCUGAUGCCAGUGACCCAUUUCAAAGUAAAAAGGGGUUUGGAGAUCCAUUUAGUGGCAAAGAUCCCUUUGCUCCUUCCUCCUCAAGUAAAGCUUCUAAAGACUCUGCCUUGGGUUUUGCAGACUUCAGCUCUGAACUGAUGGUCGUAAGUUUGGAAAUGAGGCUCAGCAGCUGGAGUGGGCGAAGCGGGAGAGCGAGCGGGCGGAGAGGGACCGGCUGGAACGGCUGCGGCGGCAGGAGCAGGAGGACCUGGAGCUCGCCAUCGCCCUCAGCAAAGCAGAGAUGUCCAACGCGUGAGCAGGGCCAGCAGCGCCCUCUCUCAAACCGUCAUUCAAGAGCCACGGGACUGUCUGUAAACGUCAUGAGUUUAGCGGGAUGGCAGCAGCCUGUUCCUCGUCGACCUGCAGUCACAAAAACACGAAACUGUCCUGAAGUUGGUCCGUUUUUAUUCUGUAUGGGGGAGGAAGGGGGGGGGGUGGGGUCGUCUGUGGCUUGUGAAUGGAGUGAUGCACUGUAAAUGCACUGUAUAAAACUGUACCAUAGUUGCGGACGUCGAAGGCCAAUUAAUUUAAAAAAGAAACUCAUGCUUCGCCAACCGGGGUUCAGCUCAGGGGAUGGGAGUACCUCGCACAGCAGAUCAGAAGUUGCACUAAGGUCAGGGUGGGGAUACUGGUGCACUGUGCAUAGAAAGGACAAAGCUGCCAUUGCAAUAUAAAAUGUUUUAAGUGUUUGUCAAAACUUUUUUUUUUUUCCCUUCCGUUGUCACAUUUCUAUGUACCCCAAAUGAGCCUUCUGCACUGAAGGCUGGUCUUUUCCAGCUGUGAGAAACACUUUGUCAGCUUGGCUGAACAUCACGGAACAACGACAGUAAUCCUUCAAGAAACGUCGUAGAACAAAUUCAGAUUAGCUGAGGGUGAUAAAAGCUUAGAGCUCUGCUACUGUUUCGCAAAGUAUUUGCAGUUUUUUUUUAUCGAUGAAACCUUAUGGAAUCACUGGGUGUAGAAGCUCAUGAUUUGUUUUCCUGAUAGUUGAUAGGUUUGAUUUUCUCUGCUGAUAUAAACAUGGUGCAGUCAUUUUGCAGAGAUGCUAUGUGACCAAGCCGUGUUGGAAUGAGACUGCGUAUUUGGAGAGAUCAGAUAUAUAUAUAGUGAAGUGCAGUGGGCAGUGUGCUGCACGUUUGGUGCAAAGCAAAGUGUUACAGAAAAAAAAAACAACCUAGAAGAAAUUUGAGCAGCAAAUAAGUAGUGACGUACAUUAGUUUGUUGCAAAACAGUUUGGUGCGACUCCUUUCAGGAAUUGGAUUAUGCCUUUUUGAAAUAAUUAGAACCUGGAUACAUGAGUUCCUUACAAAUUAAUACCUAAAGAAAUCGAGGUUAAAUUUUACUUUGAUAAGGGGUGGAUGACAGGGCAACACUAAGGCACAAAUCUCCAACAGGUUCUUGUUUUUCUUUUUGUAUCGCGUUGUCUGCAAGUGCAGGUAUUAGGCAGUGAACACCAGUUUUCUCUAGCUAUUGAAGAUCAUGUUAAAAAGAUAUUAGGAUUAAACUGUAUGCAUUGGAAUGUUAUAUGUAUUUUCCAAAUGAGGGAAGGAAGAGCUCGCAAGCAAUGCUGCAAUGCUUAGCUCACGGGACGGGUUCACUUUAAAAUCGUCUGCCUUCAUGAUGCGUGUGGCAUGUGAGCUUGUGAAGGAAUAGAACCAAGUGAUCCAUGGCUCUGUUGGUCACAGUUGGUUAUAGAAAUGAGUUAAUUGAAUUUCUGUAGAUUAAUUUAUCCCAAAGGAUCCCAAAGCGUUUUGCAUGUAUAAUUGGACCCACUUCAAGUGAGAAGCAGCCCCACUACAGAGCAGAUCAGGUGAGAAAUUUCUUCAGAUUGAAUUCAGGCCGAAGUUUAGGGAGGCCAGAUUGUUCAAGUCUAGAGCAAAGUUUUAGCAGGACGCUGGGUUUAUCAUGUAGCUCAAGUUGGGACAGCUAAAAAGUCAUGCUGUGACCAUUGUGUAUUUCUGCAAAGAAAUCCAGUCUCAAAAUGUUAAACGUUAACAGGUGAGGAAUUUUGCCCUUUUUUUUUUUGCUGGUCACAGGAAUGCACUUUUGAUUGUUGGUUUUAAUUAAAAUGCUGUUUUAGGAUCUAGCCGUGUCUGCCCAGCUGUAGCAAGGUUGUCUUUUCAUUUUGUUUUCCUCACCAUGUCCCUUUUAUAUAGGAAUGAAACAGUUCCCCUUCAAGUUGCCCAUCCAUUUUUGUCCAUCCUCGCUCUGCGUUUGCAAGACGACAAUAAAAAUAUUGUGAAUCUUACUGUACGCCUGUGAAUAUUAGAUUUAUUUUCCUCUUUUGUUAUUGUUUGUUUACAGGGUCAUUUGGCGUUGUUGGUGUUGAAUAAGCAAGUAGUACAGUGUUUUUCGCACCUCGACACCAGUGUUGUAUCAGACAAUCUUUUUACGCUGUUUGGUUAACAUAUCAGUUCGCUUUGAUCGCUCACUUUGCAAAACAGGUACUUUGGUUCAGGCUGCUGUACGUAGUUGACUUCUCAUUACUGUGCUCUCUGUUCUUCCCUCUGACCUGUUUCUUCUUCAUCUUUGUGAUGUUUUAAUCACAGGGAGAUACGUACAAAUGCCAUCACACUCCCCCUUUUCACAGCAAGCAGCCCUGCGGUUAUGAGCUGUAGCUACCCGGCCAGCCUGCAGUAGACCACAUGGCAUGAGCUAGACAUCAGCGUCGUGUUGGUGAUGCUGGCCUUCCCCACUGGUGUGUUGUUUCAGUGUGUUUGGUUUCCGAUCCAUAACACUCCCUGAAGUGGGUUGGAUUUCAGUUGUCGUAAACCCUCCAACCCCACCGCUGCUCCUUGAACGGUUGUGGCGAUAGUGUUCAGUGUUUUUUACUUUUAAUUUCAAUUUUUUUCCCCCUUCCCUGUAGUCUUUCGUCUCUAUCUUUUUGAGUUAGAUGCAUUAACUGAACCAGAUAAAUGGUUCUAGCUGUCAAACAAAUUAAUAUCGUUCUUCAUUUCUUCAAUAUUAUGCUGUCAGGGGAGGGAGGGGUUGACCACAACUUGAAAUCUAAAGCCAAAAGCAUUCCUGCUUUUCUGUUCACCUGCCUUACACUUGAUUUCCUCAAUAGACCAGAACAAAUGGAGAAGCCAAGAUGUAAUACUGAAAUGCAUUAAGGUGUAUGCAAAUUAUGUACAUUUAUGUCUGUUAUUUUUGUUCUAAAAAAUGUGUAACUUAAAAACAUUUAAGAUUGAGAUGGAAAGGCUGGAAUUUCUUUGGAAUUUUAAUCCUCUGUAUAUGGUUAUUGUUUAAUAUAAUAAAAGUAAGAUAACAUUCUGGGUAA